CCACACCGUCCGUUCGACGUAUUGUAGCGCGCUACGAGUUCACACGAAAGUAGCCGAGGCGCGACGAGGCAUAAAUUGUGUGUCGUGUGCGUGAGGUCGUUCGGACGCAACACAGCGGAGACUGUGAACUUAUCCCACAUCGAGGGUUACGCGUUGUCGAAUAUCCGCCGAUAUUCGGGCGUCACAUAUCGAGUGCGGGAGCUCUCGCUCGAAAAGUGUGGUUAGAAUUGCGUUUUUUGUUCGCACAGACACGCCAUCUGUCGUCGCGUCGAUCUGACAGAGACGACGGCGCCCGAGAGCUCAGUUACAGUGAAACCGAUUGGAGCUCGUGCGAGUCAACGGUGAAGACAGGCGUUGGAGUGUUUACACGCGUAUACAAGCUGCGGUCUGCGGCCUCCGCCACUGUACAAACGCGUGACUUCGCAUCAAACGAUCAUCCAUUGUGUCCAAACUGGGAUCUCGGCUUCUGGGUGGCUUACGAGUCGCCCUUCAUCGCAUAGCUGGCUGGCGGGUGGCCGACAUGGCGGCGCGCAGAUGAGCCAAUCACAGCGUCGCUCUCACAGGCUACCACCAACGACAACGACGACUACGUCGCCAUCGUGCGGCCAGAGACGCUUCCGCCGCGUCGUCACUCACUUGCCAUCGAACUUUACGGGUGGUUUUUUUCGCGCACACUACGCCCGAGAGAUUGAUACACGAAGGUGAGCCACCGCGACGAUACGAACAACGGUCACCGAGUGGAGGUGUGCCGCGUACGUACCCACACACGUACGCGAAAUCCCGGUCCGCGUCGCGGCCGAUUGUGUUUGGUCACGUGACCUGGGAACCGUGGGCCGAGAAAUGGCGCAAAGAUCGGAGUACGAACAUGGGAUCCAUUUCGUUGCCGCGGCGAUGUCACUUGUGUUUGUUUACAAGCGCGCGAGCACGCGCGCCACGUGCUGAACAGUGAGGUGGUGGCAAGGAGAGGUGCGGAGAGGACAGGAGAGGAGAGAGUAGGGUAAAGUAGAACGAACGAGGAAAUAGGCAAAGAGAGGAGAGGAGGAGACGCGUGCAAGAUCGGCAGGUAGGCCCCCGGGAGAGAGAGAGAAAGAGAGAGUGUGUGUUUGUGUUUGUGACACACGGGGGCCCCACGAGGCCCGAGGGUGCGCGAAACGAGGUUGGCGACGGGCCCAUCGGCGGCGAACACGACCACGGAGACGACGUCGACUACAACGGACGACAACAAUGACGGGGAGAGGCUCGAAAAGACGGGGGCGGCCGCCCAAGUCCGUAGUGAUGGAACGACCGAAGAAGUUUCAGUUUCACCUGUUGAAGAAGCCCAAGUACCUGCAGAACCGAACAGUGAGCGGUGCUGAGACACCGGGCUCGCAACCGAGCACGCCCACGGCGUCGAGACCGACCUCGCCGUCAGUGGAGAGUGAGGAGAGUAACAAGCGCAGCACGCGAACGCGUAAGUCGCGCGGCCAACGCGACCGGCAUUCUCGCAAGGGCGGCCACAGCGGCUCCGCGGCGGGCGGCGGUGGUGCGUAUCAGCGUCGCGGUUAUAACCCCAAUGUGGACUAUGGCGACUCGGAGUAUCAUUACGGGUCGGACUUCGGUGACGAAUCGAGCGACAAGAGCGAGCCGGACGAGGACGUGCUGCACAGUGACGUCGACUCAUCCGAAAGCGUAGAAGAACCAGAUCCCUCCAGCGACAGCGACUUCUCAUUGUCCAGCUACAGCACCACCAGUGGUACUCCUCGCAAGGGUCCGUUCAUCCAACAGAGGCCACCGAGCCCGGAGCCACUGUGGCUGCAGCAUCGUGAUCUGCCGCCGUUACUCUUGCCCAAAUCCUCCGACGACCUGCUACUGCCCAAGGAGCUGGUGAUGCCGUCACUGUCCAUCUACGAGGUGCUUCGGCACUUCCGCACUCUAGUGCGGCUCUCCUCCUUUCGCUUUGAGGAUUUCUGUGCAGCUCUCAUGUGUGAUGAUCAGACCAAUUUGCUCGCUGAGAUUCACAUCAUGUUGAUCAAGGCGCUGCUGAGGGAAGAGGAUUCGCAGCAGACCCACUUUGGCCCACUGGACCAGAAGGACUCUGUGAAUGUCAGCUUGUACUUUGUCGAUUCCAUGAGCUGGCCAGAGGUGUUGCGCUCAUACGUGGAGAGUGACAGGAGUUUUGAUCAGAACAUCCUGCAGAUACUCACCACUACUGAGUACCCGUUCACGGCCAUUGAAGAUAGAAUCAAGGUUCUGCAGUUCAUGACAGACCAAUUCUUAAUCACCAAUCCAGUGAGAGAGGAUCUGUUGCAUGAAGGGAGCAUGCAUUAUGACGAUCACUGUAGAGUAUGUCACCGUUUGGGUGAUUUGUUGUGUUGCGAAACCUGUCCGGCUGUAUUUCACUUGGAUUGCGUGGAACCACCGUUGGUAGAUGUGCCCACUGAGGACUGGCAAUGUAGCACGUGCAAGGCACAUAAAGUAACAGGCGUCGUAGAUUGUAUUCCCGAUGUCGAGAAGAACGGAUCAUUGUGCAGGCAAGAACAUUUGGGAUUCGACAGACACGGCAGAAAGUAUUGGUUUCUCGCGAGGAGAAUUUUCGUCGAGAGCGAAGACGGCGAAGUGUGGUAUUACAGUACGUCGUUACAACUGGAAGAAUUAAUGCUUACGUUAGAUCAGAAUGAGAUGGAAGUCGCGCUCUAUCGCGAAUUAUCGGAUUAUAAAGACGAAAUUGUUCGUCAAAUGGAGCUCACGGAGACUAUCACGAAUCAAUAUAAGGGAAACAAAAAGUCUUAUCUAGAAGUGGAAAAUGGUAACAUACAGAAGAUUCAGAAAGAACGACAUGAAAAAGAACAAGAAGAGAAAGAGAAACAGAGACAAGAGACCGAAGAAAUGAUGCGCCGAAUGCAGGAAGAUAACGAUUCUCUGGAAGAUCGCCUGGCAGCAGCAACGGAGCAACAGAAAGACUCUAAGACGUCGAUAGCGAUUGACGAAUCGGCUGCAGCUAUGCAAGUACCUGAUGUGAUCAGUGAAACUGUCGAGAUCGACGCGGACACGUCAUCAUCGGUGACCGCGACAAGCACGGAGAAGGCCGUGAAGAAUAGCGCUUCUACAUCAUCGUCCGAAGAUGUCGACGAAGAAAUGUUGGAAGGUGAGGAAGGCAUCACAAAAAUCGGGAAGGAUGGCAAAAAGCACACCAUCGUGACGAGAUCGAAAACAGGCUCACUGCAGCCGCGCACUUUCAACAUGGACGAUCUCAAGCGACGCAGCACAGCGCCAUUGUCCAAGGAGGAGCUUGAGAAGCUGGAUAAGAGCGCGAAGGACACUGAGGCCGAUGGUACUACGAGGGUAACACGACAGAAAGCCCAUCAAAUCGCGUCCGGCACACAUCUGUUCAAGUUAGGCAUGGACAAUAACUUCAAGUCCUACGUGAAUCAAUACAGCACGAAUCCGAUUGCGCUCAACAAGAUGCAGCGGAACGAGGAGCGCGAUAAGAAGCGUCAUCUCUCACACAAGUUCUCGCUCACACAAGCGUCCGAGUUCAAGUGGGUGGGAAGUUUGACUGGCACUCGCGCUUUGUUGGUCAGCACCUUGCGCCAGACGAUACUGCAGCUGGAGAGCAACAUCCAAGCGCCGUUCAUGCACACUAAUUGGCCGCUGCUGCGGAAACCGUGGACCGCGGCAGUCGGUGCGUGCGUGAACCCGCGUGACUUCGCGCGUGCUCUCAUCGUGCUGCAAGCGUGCAUCAAGUCUGUGGUGUUCGCCAGCGUGUGGCACGAUCAACUCGGUCAUGUAAAGCUGCAACGCGUGACCGCGACUGAGCGUGAAGAGAAGAAGCGACAGGACAAGAAAGAAAAGAAAGAAAAAGAGGACGAGGAAGAGCGUAAUCGGCUGUUCAACUUCGUCAAGUAUACUCUUGGCCUUAAACAUCAGGUGUGGAAGCAGAAGGGCGAGGAAUAUCGGGUGCACGGUCAAGGUGGUUGGCUCUGGGUUUCGGCUAGUCGUCGUUAUCGCUAUUCUGAAAUGGCGAAGCAUGGCCUGCGCGUCGGGCCGCAGAAGAUUAUGGUGCAGAUACGUGAUCAAGUCGGUGUCAAGAUCCUCGCGCUUGAUCCGUCCACGCACGAGUUCCUGAUGCAGGAACAUAGUCCGCCCAAAACGGAGAACAGUGUCAUGAAACAAGAGAUCGUGAAGGACGAGAAGAUGGAGAAUGGUGACGCGGAUAAUGCAGUUAAGCGAGAGUUCAAAGUGGACAAUGUGAAAAAAGAGCCUACGAUCGACGGCGACGAAGCGAGUUCUUCUUCCACCUCUUCGUCGUCGGUGAAAACGGAACCCCAGUCAAUAAAGCAAGAGACAAAACUGAAUCUUUCGUUUCUAGCUGGUAUGAAAAUUGAGAAAGUUUUUACUCCGAUUACUGAAUUCGACGAACUCGACAUUACCAAGGCGCUAACUACCCCAGGAAGAUUGUAUUAUCCAAAAAUUGCAAAGAAAACGAGGAUCGACGAUUUCCUGGCGCGUAGAACACAUUUAAAAACUUUGGAGGAAAGGAAAUUGUUACAGUCUGAAAAAUCCAAAGAAAACCCGAAUCAAACGGCGAAUCAGAAAGGAGGUGGAGAUGGUGACACCGAGGUCGAUAUAGAGAAUCACGUUGAAAACUCGAUCAGCGGUAGCGGAGACGGCUUAACAGACAAGGGGACGCCCAAAAUCAUCUCCGUGUCCACUAAGGAUAUGAUCUCAACAAUCGGCAAGCAUAUUCAGCAGUUGCGCGCUCAAUACGCGAACGUUAUGAAACUCUGCAAGAACAUUGGUUGUUAUUCUCGCUAUUGCAACAUGACAUCGUCGGCAACAGGCGCGACGAAAAACAACACUGCGCUGACGAGCACGAAGAAUCUCUCGUGCAAUUGCUACUCGCCUCUGUGUAUGCAGAGAGCGCAACUCAAGAACGACCUAAUUUCGAUGUUACGCAAAGCUAAUGCUCUAAACAACAAUCAGCUGUUGUCUCCUGUUAACACGUCGCAGAACACUGCGAAGACGGAAUCCGUCGAGGAAUCGAAAGACGCGAUCAAACGUGAUUCAGAAUCAAUGACUACGCUGGCUACUCACUACAACGAGGACAUAGCGAUGAACGAGAAAAAGCUAAAGGUCAUUACUAGUCCGCCCAUGAAGAAGCUCAAGCUGGAUACAGAGACAGAAAACAUGGUGGUCGAUGUGACGACCACAACGACGACCACAACAAGCAAUAUAUCGGUCACCACUACCACCACCACCACCACGACAUCGAUGAGAAAUGCGAACGGCGCUGUGCAAGAGCGCUCUACAACUCACAAUUCCGUCACGGUCUCGUCCACGGAGAUCAACACGAUCAGCAAUACGACGAACAGCAACGGCCUGAAGAAGAAAGUGAUAGUGAAUCGUCGGGGCAGGACUGUGCAACGGUGCGCGUAUCGCAAAGAGUUGAACGCGGAUGGCAGCGAGAAGAUCUACACGGCGACGUCGACGCAGGGCAAGGUCUAUCUAAAAAAGAUGGCGAUCUCCGAUCGGAAGAAGAAACGGACGCCAGUCAAGUAUCCAUUGUGCUCCACUUUCUGUACGAAGAACAAGCAUCGCAGCAUAUUGCUCUUGCCGCAGCACGAACUCAGGAAACUAUCGCGAUUGGGCGGUCGUGCACCAGUGCAGGGUUUCCAUCAUCAGGCCAAGGCUAAUCUAUCGGUGUGGCCAUAUCCUUGCCCGAGGCCGCUUUUCAAGACAUGCUGGCUGUACCGCACGGUCGGUCUCAAAUCAUUGGCCGCCGCUGCGAUUCAAUUGCGCGUACUCUGGGCAUGCUUGAGAUGGGACGACAUGGCCGCCAAGCCGCUCUCCACCGACGGCAAAAGUCAAGUCACCACCGACACGGAACUCGUGACCCUUGAAAUACUUGAACAUCGUCAGGUUGGACAAUUCCUCGACCGUACGCAGUACAUGCGUCGCAAAGUCGUUAUACCGCUUGAACUACCGAAGCAAGUUCGAGAAGUAACGUCCAUACGGAGCGGUCUCAGGAAACGAAAGCGUCCGGAAUCGCCACAAAGCACUGAGCCGCAAGUCACUGUAGAAUGGGUCGAUGAGGACAAGUUAGAUCUCUGGGAAAUCAAGCAGUACGGAGACAGGUUAGAGAAGGCUAAUGCCCAGAUUAUUACUAGGAGUCGCUCGGGAGUGCCUCAGCCGGUAGUUGUAAGUGGUAACAGAACGACGACCGUCUCAAAUACAACUGGAGAUCAACUUGUAAGUGGUAAAGCUACGCCAGAGGAAAUCAAGGAGAAAAUGGAGCAGCAGUUGCGCAUGCAACGGGCAGCCCAUCAGCAGAAACGAGCUCUAGAAACCCUUAAAAGCCCCACAAACUCCACAUCGACCACUCAGCUGGUCAAAGUCACGACGAAUUCUUCACAUGACGGCACGGUUAAGUUGGUUUCAAAAGUUGCGAUUCCCGCUAAUCCAAACAGCGGGACAAAGUCGCAGUUGACUUCCCUCCUGACCACUCCUACGCAGAACAAAAUCCUCGGGACACGGCGAAUUUAUAUGACGAAAUCGGCCGACGGCACAACCAAGGUAGUAUCUGGUCCCACCAGUAUUUUGCCGAAAACGUCACAGAGUCCAGCGACGAACCAGUUGCAGUCUCUGAUCAGAGUCUCGCCAACAGGUAAUCCACCGGUACAAGUGCAGCAAAGAGUACAGAUUCUGAGAGGACCCGAUGGAAAGCUACAAGUGCGCGGCUUGCUACCCAGCCAACAAUUGGUUCAGAUGCCGGAUGGAAAGCUGCAUGUAUUGAAUGUGAGCCAUGCUGGCACGCAUCUCACGCAAUGCAUCACGACGAAUUCGACGACACCUACAACAACUUUGCAGGCCAAGACUGUGACUGCAGUUAGUAAUACGACCAAAGUAGUAACUUCAGAUAAUGCCUCCACGAUUAAAGCCAGUCCGGUUAAAGUGACAACGUCCUCAACGCAACAAGCACAAACGCCGCAGCAGGUACAAGUUAUGCAGACUGUUCAACGUGUUAAAGGCACGGCUGUGACAUUGACACCUACCACGCCGACUAAUCAAGCAACGAAAAACGCCAUUGUGGUCGCCAAUACCGGACAAACUGCACAGAUGAUAUCCACGGGAGGGCAAGUGAUAAGUGGCAACCAAAUAGUCGUCACGAAUUCGAAUUUGGCACAACAAUUGGCAUCUGGUAAGGCUCAGUUGACAACGAUCGGCGGUCACCAGGUCGUGAUACGUGGCACGCCUACGGGAAAUCAGAUCGUUCAUCUCAACUCGACGAAUAGCGGUAUAAUUGUGAAAGGAACCGUUGGAACGCCCAAACAGCAGCAAGUUUUGCAAACUACACAAGCUUCAACGGUGGCUCAAUCAGCGGUAAGCACGAACGCGAGUGUGACGACGACCACCGCAACUUCCACCACUUCGUCAGCGACAACAACUAGUUCUACCGCAUCUCCACCUCCGGGAAGCGUGGAAGCAUCCUUGCUGGCUGGUCAGCCACCCGGUACGGUUAUCAAAUGCGUGACAGCUCAGAUCCAGAUGACAGAGGGUCCGCGAAUUGUUCUACAAGGUUUACAGGGUGCGGAAUUUACGUCGCAACAGUUGGCUAUGGUUCAACAACAAGUGAAGCAGCAACUUCUCAAAGCGCAUGCGACGACCGGCAAACAAGGCGUCUUAGGCCCUACAAAGAUUUACUUAGCCGUUCAGCCAGUUCAGUCAUCCAAUAAUCAACAACAAACUCAGACUCCCCAGACUGCGUCGACGGUAAAUACUACCACGACGUCAAGUCCAAAACAGCAGCAGCAACAGUCUGUAGCUUCUUCGCCAUCUGUCACUGAAUCGCGAGCAUCUACCGAAACCAUUCCAGAACUUUCCCAGGCAGUAACGACAAAAUCAGCAGAUAAACCUAAAGUAGUCGUUCAACAAGUAGGACGUGUAAUGAACGCGACUGAGGAUGAGACACAAAAGGCGAGCAUAGCCAAUGGACAGCAGCCAUCAUCACAGUCGCAGAAAGAUGGAAAUGACUCGUCGACGAAUAAAUUCAUACUUACGCCGGAUUAUAUUCAACAAACGAUUAAAAACGCACUGAAGCAAGAAAACCUCAAUCCCGAGAUAGAAGAAAAGCUGUUACAGCUGCAACGCUAUCAGGAGAAACAGAUGAAAGGUAGCGGCGUGGAAAAUUCGGUGACUGGUAAUCAAACUCACAAUUCACCAGCCACGACGACACCGCGUCCACCAUCGCGUAAACGACCGGCGCCUUCAAACAUUCCAUCGGCAGCGACGGCAACAACAACGCCGACGAACGUGCAGUCGUCUGGCGAUGACAAAGACGACAAAGACUGGGUGGAGACACCACCCAGAAAGAGACCAGCGCAGAAGCAAGAAAAUCGCGAGACACCAAAAGUGCCGAGGCUAGCAGAGACAUUGGACAACGAGUCCUCACCUAAAAACCGAUCCGCGAAACAAAAGGACAGCCAAGAGCAGCGUAGAAAGCAACAGGUGCAUUCACGAAUGCAAGUUUUAUUGUUCCGUCAUAAAGAGCUUCUCAAAAAAGAUAUCCUGAAGAAAAGAGCCUUGCUUGAGAAAGAGCUUCAAAUUGACAUACAGAAGGACCUGUCUGCGGAGCUCGCCACUAGGACGAAGGCGGAGAGGCAUAAGCAGGACGAAGUGAAGGUUGGUAGUGCUAAACGCAAGGCAAAUGCCCAAGUGGCGCAACAAGUGAGCCCGUCGUCUAAUCGGAAUAGCAGCGGCAGCAGCAGACCGAAGAAACACAACAAAGCGCAAAGUAACAGCGCGACACCACCAGGAGGUUCCUCAGCUGCUGCGACUCGCAUCAAGAAGGAAAAGUUGUACUGUUUGUGCAGAACCCCCUACGACGAGACUAAAUUUUACGUGGGCUGUGACCUGUGCAAUAACUGGUUCCACGGUGACUGCGUGGGCAUUACAGAGGAAAUGAGUAAAUCUCUAUCAGAAUUCGUAUGCACAGAAUGCAGACACGCGAGGGAUACACAGGAACUAUAUUGUCUAUGUAAACAGCCUUAUGACGAAUCUCAAUUUUACAUAUGCUGCGACAAAUGCCAGGACUGGUUCCAUGGUCGUUGCGUCGGCAUUCUUCAAUCAGAAGCAGACAAUAUUGACGAGUACGUCUGUCCAAAUUGUCAACGAAAUUCUUCCGUUAAUUUCGCUAACAUGAAGAACCUGAACGCAAAAGACCUGGACCUACUGAAGAAAUUAAUCAAACAGAUACAGGCUCAUAAAAGUGCAUGGCCGUUUAUGGAACCUGUGGAUCCCAAUGAAGCACCCGAUUAUUAUAAGGUGAUAAAAGAACCAAUGGAUUUACAGACUAUUGAAUUGAGGAUAAAUGAUCGCUCAUACAAGAAGCUGAGCGAAUUCAUUGGCGAUAUGACCAAGAUAUUCGACAAUUGCCGCUACUACAAUCCGAAGGAGUCGCCGUUUUUCAAGUGCGCUGAAUCCCUAGAGACUUACUUCGUACACAAGAUUAAAAGUCUGAGGGAGAAGUUCUCUGAGGGAAAGUAAGCCGCGAUCAAAGAGGGAACUCUAUGUGAGAAAACUAUAAAUCCUCAAAUCGAAGUGAAAUGAAGUGUACACGGGAGAAGGAAUAUUAAUACACUAAUUUAGUGCAGUGCUCUUCGGUGCGGAGGACGCGGACGAAAAGAAAAAGAGGAAGAUGAACGCGGUUUGUGCCAGUACACAAUACACGUAGACAAACGAAAAAAAAAGCAGAAACUUUCUUGAAAUUAGAUUUAAGUGUGUAUUAAAAAUAGUAACGCGCGUGCGCACCGGUCUCCGCUAUUUAUUAUAGUUGUGUGAACAUUCUCGCCUAAUCCAUUUCCCACCUCGUCCCCUUCGCCCUUUCCUACCCGCCCCUUUCCUCGCGCAACGCAAAUUUCGUUUUGUGCCGUAUAAGAUAUAGCGAACAUUGAACCGAAACUCCUCGCAGUUCAUGAUUCGUUAGAUGAUAUGCAAAUAAGAAAUUUAUCGACGUCGUGCUGCCGUUGGUUCUCUCCGUGAAGAAUCUUCCUCUCUAUUGCUAACUGAAGGUAAAAAGAAAGAAAGAUUGCUAAAUAAAGGUAAGAGAGACAAAAAGAGAACAAGUCGCAUGGCAUGAUUAACGUUUCUUUUCUUCGAAUAAUUGCAUAUUAUAACAAUAUUUGUUCUCAGUUUAUUUAUAAGAAUAAGCGAAAAUGGAAGAAACCAGGAAUAUCUUGCGAAGAAGGGAUUUGAGAAAGGAAGGAAGAAAGGGAGAGGAACCAACGGUCUCGAGUCUCAUCUGGUGGGGAGUUCGCUUGAGACAGUCUGGGAAAAAAAAACCGCUAUACUUUUCGUCCUAGUUUAUCCCGAGACACGAAGAGAAACGAAAAACAGUUCUAUGUCACCGCAUAGCUGUAAGACUAUUUUUUAGAACACGCAUAAUAAAUAAUAAAUUGUACAAAUUCGUUUAUCUCGUGCUCACGCAACACGUAUAUACACUUACACAUACAAAUAACAAUGGUUCUUCUCUAUUUACUUACGUUAUUUUAUUAAUCAAAUAGAUUUUCUAUGAAAUUGUAGAUAUUCUAUGAGAUAUAUAUAUAUAUAUAUAUAUACAUACAUACAUACAUACAUGACACUCAUACAUUUAGAUUGUAAGAGAGAAAGGAAAGAGAGAAAAGGGUCUGCUUUGUAUAUAUAAUCACAGGCAGGUGAAAAGGUGAAAUACGUGAUUUAUCAAGAAAGAAGCAGUUGUAGAAUUCUUUGAUUUGCAAGCAAAACAGAAAUAAAAGCAAAAAGAAAACAACAGAGUUUGUUUCGAUAAAAGAAACGAAAAUUGUUGUUUAUAUUUUAGCUAUAUGAAUAAUAAAUAAGAUAGGACGCCGAUGUGAA